CGAUGACCCAUUUCAUUAAACUAUAUUUUCCUUUUUCCUAUAAUGCUUGUUUUUAAUUUUCAGAUGAUUAGAAGAACAGUAUCGAAAUCGAUUUCGAUUUUGUCGUUCUACUGAAUCCUUGCUAUUGGGUUUCUGGGUUAUUCGAUUCGGCUCAUUUUAGGUUAUUGUGCGACUUGUUUGUUCCAUUUUAUGUUUGUGUUUAAUGGGUUUCUUUUUAAUUUCUGCUUGCUUGGAUCCUCUGUUUAGUUUUUCUAUUAUCAUUGCUGGGAUGAUGGGUUUUCGGGGAUUUUAAUGGUGUUGUUGUUUGUGGAUUCUUGUUUUUAUCAUUUUUUUUGUGUGUUUUGUUAAGUUUGUUUGGGCAUUACCAAAGUUGUUGUUUGGUUAGUGGUAUCGAAAUAUUGGUGUCGGCUCAUUUCCUGUGUUGUUUUUUUUUUCCUUCUUCAACUAUUGCUUUUAUGGGGUGGGCUUUUUUGUUCUUUUUCUAUUUUAACCAAUGCUAUGUUAAUUAUGUUGUUAACCUUUUUUUAUAUGUUUGGGAAUUUGUAUUUUUUUUUUCUUGUUUUGAUUGUUUUUUUCUUGCUUAUUUUGUGUUAAUUUAGGAGACUCAUGGGUUAGAUUCUUUGGAGGCCCUUUUGAUGUCCUUGAGAUUGACUUUCUGAGUAUGGUUCGGUUAUUUCAAGACUUUUGAAGUUUUGCAUUUGAAGUAUGUUGAAAUUUUCAUUUUAUUGAAUUGCUCAGUGUUUUUACAUUUUCCCUUUUCAUAGCUUUAUAGCCAUUGUUAUGUUACAGCGAUUCAGAAAGUUGAUUGGAAUUGAACAUUCAUAGAGGAGUUUCGACUUCCCUUUUCUCUAUUCUUUUGUUGUGUGGAGUGAAUUUUGGCUUUUACAGUCAAAAGGCUAUGAGAUUGGGUACAUGGCUUUAAGAGAAAGGGACCUCACAUCCGAUCUCGAAAGUGGGGGGAAGAUCGUUAAAGAGGUUGGAAGUGUGGAACCAAGUUCAAUCAAAAGAGAUGUAAAGAAUAUUUGGAGUAGGUUGACCGAUGAUUCACUGCUAAAAGAUGAGCGACUCGUAGCCUCAAACAGUAAUUUUGCUAAUUCUGUUGCCAACAUCAUUGCUGACGAGAACAUAGAAGUGUUGAUAGAUAAGAAUUUGGAAGGGGAAGACGAUCAUGAAGUUUUUGUGCAUAUGGAGAAAAAUAAUGCUAGAGGUAAGCAUAAGAAUAAGAAAAAGGCUCCGAAGCCACCACGUCCGCCCAAAGGUCCUUCACUUGAUGCCGCUGACAGAAUGAUGGUGAAGGAAAUUGCAGUACUUGCCAUGAAAAAGCGUGCAAGAGCAGAGCGAAUGAAAGCAUUGAAGAAAGCAAAAGCAGAGAAAACAUCUUCUUUCAAUAGUUGCAUACCUGCCAUGAUUAUCACAUUCCUCUUCUUCCUUGUAAUCAUCAUUCAAGGAAUAAGCUCCAGAAGCAGUUCGAUAUUGCAGGGGUCACCUGAACCUGCUGUUGGCGGUAGUAGUGGUUUCAUUUCUGUUCAGUACAUUAAAAGCUUUCCCCCAAAUGAAAGCAAUAUAUCCAAUCCCCCCUCGUUUAAUUCUGCUGCAUAGCUCGUUUCUGGUUUUUCUCAUCUAGAAGGCAAAAGGGUGGCUGAUUUGAGGAGUUUUUUGAAGUUGAGAUCCUAGGUGCCAGCUUGGUUGCUCGUAUGGCCUUGAUUUUUGAAUAGUUAUUUUGCUACGCAGUUCUGGCUGACGGUUUCUGUAAAUAAAUACGAAGAAACAUCGUUUUUUUUUUUCCUUUUCUGUAAUCAAAUGCUUUUAUAUUUUAAUUUAUGUUAAUAAUCUAUAACGAAAAGUUCAUGGUGACGUUCUAGGAUGUAGAUAAGCUGAACCUACUAAAGGUUAAGCAGACAGUCCUGCUUUCUCCAGGCUUUCUUUUAAUGAAUUGAAUUGUGAACUUUUUCCUUUUCAAUUUAGAUAACAAAUCUGCAGAAUUAUGACAGCGUAGCUGAUGCUUGAUCCUCUGCACAUUUGAUUGGCUGCUGGUAGUCGAUAUCUAAUCCGUUUGAAAGCAGCCAAUCUCAUUGCAGGUACAUGUAUGAAAGCAUCCCGUGUUUACCUCUACAUUUCGAGCCUCAGGGUCGAUCCUUGCAGCAAAAAGUCGACAUGAAAAGGGUACCGAGUUGAUCCUCGAAGAAAUGCUAGCGAAUGCUGAUGAGAGCUUCAUCAACCAUAUGACUGAUCCCGUGGUGAAGGAAUGUGCUGACUUGUAACCACUAUGACGAUACGAAGCUCAAUGUGGCAUCUUUUGUCGAAGGAGUAUAAUAUUUACAACGAUGUGGAUGCACCUCGGGAGGUCGAAGCUUGCAAAGGAGCGAUUAAAAGGUCUGUGGGAUCGCCAUUGACAUUAUGGAACUUUGCUGUGAAAGCUUUGUUGAAAUCUCUGCUUGUGUGGUUUCUAUUCUCAAAUGAUCAUCUGUGGGUUGAAGGCAAAAUGGUAAUUGUCCAAUUUGGUUAUAUUCAAGAAUUGGAGUAGUUUCCUUUGCAAUGAAUUGAAUAUUGUGAAAAGGCAUCAGACAUUUAGUUUUUAUUUGUUUCAAAUUUUCACUUAUUUUUUACUAAA